ACGCGACCGGUCGAUUUCCCGCCAAUCCAAGUCCGCAACACGCAGCGCGGCGCGAUGGGCAGGCCUGGCGAGUUGUUCAUCAAAACGAAGUGCGGCGACGGCAAACUCUCCGGCGACGGCGGCGCGGAGUACCCCUGCGUGAGGCGGUUCCGCCACCGGCGGCUCAUUACCUUUCUCUGGCUCCACGGCUUCGAAUCCACCGUCGGAUCGAUGCUCCGCGAGUCGGACGCCAUCUUCAGCGUGAGGCACCUGCAGGAAUCCGUGGUGCGAGGCCUAUGGCACGACGCCCUCGGCUACCUGUCCCGCUUCCUGACGCCGGAAACCAACCGGUCGGUACGCCUAAGCGUCGAGGCUGUGGUCCUCCAGCGCUUCCUCGGCGUGCACGGCAUCUUGGCCAACAUCCUUGACGGAUGCGGCCUGGCGAUGCCAGAGUUCAGCCAUUACCUCGACCACGGCAAGACCGUCCCCCACGGCGCCAUCAGGCUCCGUUCCAUCAUCCUCAAUAUGCUCCACUCGCGCCUGCAAAUCAGGGCCUCCCUUGACUGGGAACGCGUGAGGUACAAGGCGGCGGAGAUUGUCCAUGACUUGGCUUAUCGUACUCCGGAGCUCAAAGACCUGGUGUUUAUGCCGGGCGGCCCAAUGAAGCCGCACAAUGUUCUUCCCAUUGGGUUCGGUUUCCGCCAGAGGCGUCAUCAGAAGAAACAAGACUGCCGGCCACGAGCAUCUGCUCUUGCCAAGCACUUUCUUCAGAAACGGAGGAGCCUGCCAGCUUCUUCAAGUCACUCUCACGAAUCAAUUGAUGAGCUGUUAACCAACUCCAAGGCACUGAAUUGGGCGUUGGACAUAGUUGAUGAAAGUUUAAAAGCUGGUAAACGUCCAUAUCUCCAUCAGGCACAUCCACUUCAGACGAGUGGAAAAGAAGGUGCUACUGUUCCUCUGGUAUCGCAGACUACGUUUGGUAGCUUGGCAGGCCAUGCUAAACAAAUCCCCGGUAUGCCUUCAGUGGCAAAAGCAGGUAAAUUGGCAAGCCAUGCGCCAACUUCUGGUGCUCCGUUGUUGGGGACUAUGUUGGGUGCUCCAGUCUUGCAGACCACGUUUGGUAGCUUAACGAGCCAUUGUCAAAACUCUGGAACCUCAUUGACGACAAAUGCAUGUGCUACUGCUACUCCAGUCUCGACUAUGUUUGCUACCUUGACAGGCCAUGCUAAACCUCCUGGGAUGCCAUCAGUUGCAAAUGCAGGUGCUCUUGCUGCUCCAGUCACGCAGACUACGAACUUGACAAGCCAUGCUGAAAACUCCGAGAGUUCUCACCAGGGCUUCAAUCCAAAGAAGAAUCCAAGGGAGGAGCUCACUACUUCUGAUGAGCAGGAUCUUCAUCUGAAAAGGCAACGGACAACUGGGGAUUUUGGUGAAGCAAGUCUGGUGAUUGAAACUGAAGGGCGAGCUUGAGCGCCUAGCUGAGACAAUCGCUUAUCCAUCUACCAAUGCUUUUAGACAAUUCAAUGUUAGGUUAAGUCGUUUUAUUCCUACUGCUACUUGCUAUAUAUGUUAUGUUGAGUCCUGCUACUGUAUGAAGUUACUUGGUUAGAAAUAUCUCUAUUAUUAGUGCCAGUAAACAGACAUAUCUACAUAUGCUGCA